UGAACAUCUGGGAUAUUCUUCUGUUGCUCCUUUGAUCAAAACAUAGGGAAACACCAAUUCUUGAAAAUGGCUGGAUCUGCUUCACAAAAACCCGGCGUCCUAAUGCUCGGCAUUGUCCAUCACGCCAAGGAAGAGUUCAAGAAGCUCUCCGACAUCGCAGAUGUCAUGCAAGUGACAACCGGUUCGCGUGACGAAUUCCUUCGCGAUUGCGACAAUGGCAAGUACGACAAUGUGGUCGCCAUUUCGAGAACAUACGACUCGGUGGCGAUUACCGGAAGAUUUGACACUGAACUCGUAUCUCACCUCCCUCCAUCAGUCAGAUUCAUCUCACAUAAUGGGGCGGGUUACGACCAAAUUGAUAUCCAGCCCUGCACGGAUAAGAACAUCUCCGUAUCAAACACCCCCAAAGCCGUCGAUGCUGCCACCGCAAACACAGCCAUCUUCCUCAUCCUCGGAGCUUUGCGCCGUGCCUGGAUUCCCCAGCUCGCUCUUCGAGAAGGCAAGUGGAGGGGAGCAAGCCCUCUUGGCCGCGAUCCCCAUACUUUGACGCUCGGUGUCCUGGGUAUGGGUGGCAUUGGAACUGCUACGGCCAAGCGCGCCGCUGCUCUUGGGUUCAAAUUGCAAUACCACAACAGAAGGUCUGUGGACGAUUUAGACAAGCAUUUUGCUUCUCUAGAAGUUCCAAAAUACGUAAGCUUCCAGGAAUUGCUCCAGACGAGCGAUGUCAUUUCGGUUCAUCUACCCCUAGGACCAGCAACUCAGGGUUUGAUCGGCAAGAAAGAGUUUGGCUUGAUGAAGAACGGCGUGAUCAUUGUAAAUACAGCCAGAGGAGCUAUCAUCGACGAAGAGGCGCUAGCGACGAGCCUUGAGUCUGGCAAGAUUUGGAGCGUUGGGUUGGAUGUUUACGAGAAAGAGCCCGCGAUCAAUCCUAAGCUAAUCAGCCAUCCCGGUGCUGUCUUGUUGCCUCACAUUGGUACUGCGACUAUUGAUACUCAGAAGGAAAUGGAGAUUCUGGUAAUUGAUAACGUCAAGAGCGCGAUCACACAAGGAAAGUUUCUUACACAGGUACCGGAACAGAAGCCUGUAUUAGCGAAAGUAUAAGGAAAAGGAAAGAAGGAAAGUGAAUGGGGCUCUAGGACUAAGUAAAUGUCAAAAAGACCAGAAUAGAGAUAUUUAUUAAUU